AUGGCUAGUGGUAGCAUUGACAAUGUCAAAUGGACACAAGUUGAGUUAAAAAUUUUCACUGAAUUCAUGAUUGAUAAUGUGAAACGCGGGAAUAAGACUGCUAGUAUGUUCAAAAAAACUGGUUGGAAUGACAUCAAAGCCCGUAUGGAGAAUUAUCUGGGGCGUGUCAUUUCGAAGGAACAAUUGCGUAACAAGAUUUACAAACAGCGGACAGAAUACAGUAACUUCAAGAAGCUACUGGAUACAACGGGUUUUGGUUGGAAUUCUACAACCAGGACAGCCACAGUUGAUGAUGAGUUAGCCUGGGAUAGAGCAAUACAGGCAAAUCCAACAUGGUCUAAAUUUAAGAAAAAUGGAUUAUCCUACUGGCCAGAGUUGUGUAUCAUCUUUGGAGACUCGUAUGCAUGA